AUGAAAACGCAUCUCGCUCCUUUUCGCCUAGAAGAAGAAGAAGCUUCAGAGCUGCCUAAUGGUAACUAAAAGGGGAUUCUCAGUCUGAUCCUUGAGAAUUUAGCUUAUUUUAGCAUCUAUAUUUUUAUAGAAGAAGAAUUUCUGAUUAGGAAGGAAACAAAAUGGAGCCAGGCCAACGAACAAGCAGCACUCCACCAAAAGAACAAAUGCCCCAGGCCGCGGAGAAGAAAGGGAACCCAUCUCAAUCUCCAGCAACCACCACUAAUGUAUACGUGCGGAGAAAAGUCGAGACUGACGCAUCCAAAGACACUGUGACUAAGCAGCAGCCCAAGGCCAGCUCAUCAUCCAUAGUACCACCACCUCCGGAAUGGGAAGAGCGUUACCACCAUCUACAAAUGCUCCUAAACAAGCUUAAUGAUUCUGAUCAGACCGAUCAUCAUCUACACACGCUUUGGUCAUUUUCCUCCGCGGAGCUUAGCAAGCAUGCGGUUGACUUGGAGAAGAGGUCCAUUCAGCUAUCUCUCGAGGAAGCGAGGGAGAUGCAGCGUGUAGCGGCUUUAAACGUGCUUGGAAGGUCUGUCAGUACUCUAAAGUCUACAUCCAAUGAAGAGAGAUAAUGAUGGGGGCUUGUGGCUUUGCUUUUGUAAUAGCCUUCCAAGCCAAAGUCUUCUUCUUAAGCCUCCUCCUGGUCCUGGGACAACUGUCACUUGGAGCUUAAAGAUCCCAUUGUAUUCGUGUGUCUACUACUUAUAACAUGUGUACUCAUCCCAGCUCUCAUAUCUCAUUCUACCAAGUCCAUGUAUUUUAUCUCUGUAGAUGAAGAUAUUGAGUUUUUAAAUUGGAGAUUAAAUUUGCUAAAUAA